GUGGCGUUCAUCCCAACGAUAUCGUUUUGAUACCUGUUAACGUAAUGGGGUUUUCUUGUCGUUUGACUUUCAUAUUCUCAGUUUCUUCUUUGUUAAGAAUAGGUUUGGCAACAUCUAACAUGCAAAAUGCAUGUUCUCCAGGAAAAACAUCCUUAGAUCUUAUUUACUGGGAACAAAAGCCUUACGUUUUCAUGGACAAGGAGAGAGGUGAAAUUUCUGGUGCUCUACCAGAAAUCCUUCGCAUCGUUUUCAAGGCUUGUUGCCAAAAAACCCCCAAUAUUUCGGCCAAACCUAUCGAGUAUCCUAAAUCACUGAAAACCACAAUCGAUCAGUACUCAGAAGAGAUCAUUAUUCCUGUGGGAAGGAGAGUCGGCCUCGAGAAAUCCAUAUUUCUACGUCCUUUUGUAGGAUCAGUUGAUUCGCCUGGAAUGGCUGUUGUGGUACAGAGGAGUAUUCCGGGCGAAGAACUUUUGGCCGCCAUUUUGGACUCUUGGCCAAUUAUGAUUUUCAUCGGGAUGUCGUUAUCACUUAGUGGAAUUGUCAUGUGGGUUCUGGACUAUCGUUCAAACUCUGAGGAGUUCCCAGAGUUUUUCCCAAAAGGAGUAUUCGAAGGAGUAUGGUGGGCUGCUGUCACCAUGACAACGGUUGGUUACGGCGAUAAAGUUCCUCGCAGUAUUGCAGGCCGCCUUUUUGGUGUGGUAUGGAUUAAUGUUGGUCUUGUUAUCCUCGCUAUAUUUAUGGGGAUGAUCACCGCAUCUCUUAGCAGUAACAGUCUUGAACAAGUAAACAACCUAUAUGGAAUGCCAGUUGCAGUUUUAAAUGGCUCUGCUGAGGAACAAUUAGCUAUUUUACAAAAUGCUGAGGUGUAUGUGAAAACAAGUUACGACGAGUUGUUUAAGAGCGUUAAGAGCGAGGAGACCGUGCUAGCUUUAGUAGAUAUUUUCAGCACUACUCAGCACAGUGAAUAUUACGAUACAUACAAGUUAUAUGUGGCCACAGUCCUGAAUGAGCCUGUCAUCUACGGAGCAGUGUUACCCAAGAGUAGUGAAGCCCUAAGAUCGUGUUUCCUGAGUUACCAAGGGAACCAUUUGUUGGAAAUACACGAAAUUUUGGAAAAGUUCAUCAAAGCAAAACAGUAUGGCGGUGACAACUCAAGCUCUGGUGCAGACUACUUUGAUGGCAACCUGUUUGGGUACGCAGUUUAUGGCAUGUGUGGGUUGUUCUUGCUCGCCUUGGCUGUUGGUCUUUUCUGGCAGUAUUACCCGAGGGAAAAGAAGGAGCAGGAAAUUCAAAAUCGGGAAGCAGAACAAGACGUCUCCAAACUUGACAAAAAGACGAAGGUAGAGGCGAACGGUCAUCAGAAGAAUACUUCGUCAAACUGUGGCGAGCAUACGGAGCGACUCAUGGCGGCGCAAAGUGCAGAGCUGUUAGCCAUGGAGGAUGAGCUUAAAGCUUUCCGAAAGAACUGGGAAAAAAACUUCCGAGCUCUACAGGAAAGGCACAAACAAGAACAGCAACGCUUAUUUGAGCUUGACAAUCUUGGCUACGAGAUGUAAAAGAAACGAAAGACAAAAAUAAAGUAUAAAGCCACAGACUUUCGGAAUGCAUUUCCUAAAAAAUGUUUGCAUUUCGAUUUAGUUAUUUACUCAAUUUCCUGAUGAACAUCUCAUUGAAGAAUUGAUAA